CCUUUUUUAUUUUUAUACAAGCUGUUUGCGAUAAAAUUUGUUUUACAAACUUUAAAAUUUAUCUUAUUUCCGAAAUAAAAAUUAUUAUUAUACAUUACUGGUUAAACGUUUUAGGUAUUAUAAUGCCAAAGACAUACACCGAAGAUCAACUAGCGUCAGCUUUGUCAGCUGUGCGUCAAAGAAAAAUGAAAAUUACAGCGGCUGCUAGAAUAUUCGGAGUACCAAAAUCAACUCUCUCUGACAAAGUGAGACACAAGUACUCGGGAAACAGACCUGGACCAGAAAAACAGCUACUACAACACGAAGAGGACUCCCUUGUCCAGUAUCUCUUAUACAUGGCGAAUCAAGGCUUUCCACUUUCCAGGGCUAUGAUCAGGUGUUACAUACAAGAGAUAGUUAUACAAUCAGGCCGUACGUCACUGUUUAAUCUACAAAAAGGACCCUCUGAUGAUUGGUUUACAAAGUUUUUCGGGCGGCAUCCAGACUUGGCUCAAAGAAAGGCAGAAAACAUGGACAAUGCCUGAGUAUCCAUGUCAUUUAAAAG